GAAAUUAAGAAAAUUCAUGAAAAUGCGGAAUUUAACAAAAAAAUGGCUUCUCUCAUUUUGGCUCGAGCAGAAGCGAUAAUUACUUGUAUAAAUGAGCUAAUGAGAGACAAAGAUAAUGAUUCUUUUAGGCGAAGGGAAUUUUAUGCAGCUUUUACUAAAUUGUCAAAUAACUUAAAAAAGAUGAAGGACUUUUUAAGUGAAGUAACACAAAUUAAAGAACAAGUUGAAUGUAUGAAAGAUUUAGAAAUUGUUAUAACUAUUGAAAAUCAAAAAGAAUUGGAAAAAGUUGAAAAAGAAUUUGAUCGUGCUAUCAAUGAAGCGAAAUAUGCUUUUGAUAAUAUUAAUAAUAAAAUUGAUCAACUAGUUCAAGAAGUGUCCAUAUGA